AGAGUGACGCUAUUAGCUCGAGCAGGAAACAAGAACCACAACCUCAGCCUGUGUCAGUUGAGGGAAAAUGGGCACUUGUGGGAUUGUCUUGUUGACCAAACCUUCCCCUAAGCCAUGGCCACUUCGGACAUCCUCACGACGCACUCUUCCCCGCAUUCGCUGCUGCUCUGCUUCUUCUACUUCAGAGCUUUCCCCAGAUAAGCUUCCAACUAGUAUUGAUUUGUCUGUAACUGGUGGUGCCUAUGAUUUCUCAAAAGCAACAACAUCACUAACAAAUGAGUUAAUCUCUUCACCAAAGAAAGUGACUCUUUUAAGGCACGGUCUUAGCACUUGGAAUUCAGAAAGUAGGAUUCAGGGAAGCUCAGAUUUGUCUGUAUUAACUGAAGUUGGGGAAGAGCAAGCAAAAAGGUGCAAAAAAGCCUUGGAAAAUAUAUACUUUGACCAGUGUUUUGCAAGUCCAAUAUCUCGUGCCAAGCAAACGGCUGAAAUUAUAUGGCAAUGGAGGGAAAAUCCAUUGGUUUAUCUUGAUUCGCUUAAAGAGAUAUCUCUCUAUCACCUUGAAGGCAUGAAAAAUGUGGAUGCUAUGCAAAUAUAUCCCAAAGAGUAUACAAUCUGGAGAGAAGAUCCAGCCAAUUUUCUCAUGAAUGGUAGAUAUCCGGUACGAGAUCUCUGGAAAGCUGCAAAAGAUUGUUGGAAGGAGAUGUUGUUGUCACCUGGAGAAAGCUUUCUGGUUGUGACUCACAAAUCCAUAUUGAGGGCAUUAACUUGCACUGCUUUAGGCCUGGGCCCAGAGAGGUUUCGUUCUAUUGAUAUUAACAAUGGUGGGAUAUGUGUGUUCAACUUCAAUGUCAGAGGAGAAGCAAUGCUUGAGGCUUUAAAUAUGACGGCUCAUAUGUACAGUGAUCAUGUCUAUCCUGGCUAGUGCAAAGUUACAUCGAGGAAGACAACAAUUGUUGUUUUUAUAGUUGAUUGAAAUAUACCAUGGAACAGCACCAGUGAAGAUUUGAUGUGGAAUUUUCGUUUUAAUUAUAUGAACUUCCGAAUCUUUGGCAAGUGGGGGGGGGGUCCAACUAUUUAGCAGGUUCGUCCAAUGCUUUUAUAGCAGGGGGAUUUGACAUAGCCCUCUCUCCCUUUGAUAUAGAUAUUUAGAAACGGAGAAAUUAAAGUACUACUAUAAUUUAUGCAAAUUAGUUACGGGAUUUGUACUGAGUUUGUUCAAUCUUGUCAUUUUUUAAUAAAUAAAUAUUGUUUGAUGCCGUGUCGUGAGCAAACUCAUCAUUCUUUUUAUGAUAAAUAUAUUGUUUAAUGUUGUACUA